AUGCUGGACACGCGGGGCAGCGCCGUCUUCCAGGCGGAGAGCGCCAGCUCGCUAGCCACGCCCGUGGAGGUCACGCCGCCGCCGCCGCCAGCCGACCUCAUCUCGCACCGGGCCGAGCUGUUCCGCUCGCGUCUCAUCGAACACUUCAGGCUGCUGGACGCUGGCAUCGACGAGGACGGCAAGUUGGAGGCGUCGACUGUGACGUCACAUCAGUUGGUCGACGCUUCUGAGGAGGUCUUCCAGAGGGCAUUGACGGACACACCUUACGGUCUGGUCAGCUUUUCGAUGUUGUCACCUUUGGACCUAGAGAAGCAGCUAAAGGCCCAGAACACGGAUAAGAGGAUGAUGAGGCUGGAGUAUCGGCUCGGAAGGAAAAUCGUCCCGAUGAUCCGAAUUGGCGCAGGAAAGAUCCUCCGGUCCAGGUUCUUUGAUGGCUUUAUUCUUGCCCUGGUAAUCUUGAACUCUUUGACGCUGGGUGUGCAAGCGGAAUUCAGAACCAACUUCAGAAACGGUACGGAGGUACCCUCCAACGAGAUGCUCAACACCUACCUAGACUAUUUCGACCGGAUGUGCUUGGUGAUGUUCGUCGUCGAGAUCUUGCUCAAGUGGAUAGACAACUUCAUGGAUUUCUGGCUCAGCGGCUGGAACAUCUUCGAUUUCGUCGUUACCUUGCUGUCGGUGGUGCCUGAAUUGAUGCGCGCUUUUGCCAAAGAAGCUCGAACGACCUCGAUGCACUCCUACUUCAAGGUGGUCAACAACAUCCGUAUCUUCCGCAUUUUCCGUUCGCUGAAGACGGUGACACGGAUCGAGAAGGUGCGCCUGCUGGUGUCCGCCAUUAUCAACGCCUUUACGGCCAUGGUGUUCAUCACUAUCCUGCUCGGCGUCUUCCUUUACAUCUUCGCCAUAUUCGGAGUGAUCGUGUUCCGCGGACCAACCGACGAGCUGGAGGACGAGACAGGCAAGGAGUGGAACCGCUUCGGCAACAUGUGGGCCGCUAUGGCGACCCUCUUUCAGAUCUUCACGCUCGACAACUGGUUAAACAUCGCGCGACAGAUGGCCAAGACCGGUGGUAGCCUCACCUACUUUUACGUCAUCCUCUGGAUCCUUAUCGGCUCAUUCAUCUUUAACAACAUCUUCGUCGGCAUCAUGGUGAACAACUUUCAGAACAUCCGCAACCAACUCUUUCGUGAGGUGAAGGAGAUAGAGCAGACACAUCGGAUCGCCCAGGAGACUAUCGCUACCAUCGAGUCGGCCACCGACGGGCUGGCGGUCGAAGAUCGCACUCAUUCCUCCGUCGACCCAUCGGGACAGCCGAAACUCUGGGAGCGUACGGUCAGCAACAAUUUGGAAUUGCUACAGCGGCGCUCUCAGGAGACGGUCUGGCCCAAGGACACGCUGUUCCAGUUCUUCUUGUUGAUGGAGGCGCUGCAAGAAAACAUGGAGGAGCGCAUGGAACUGCUAAUGUUGGCCAAGGAUGCGUUAGCGACGUUGCAGGACGACUGAAGAUGUGUCGUUUGGUUUGCGGGACGGUUGAAGACGCAUAAACCUCUACUGGACUAAAGACACGGGUGAUUCUUCAGAUAACUGAAAAGCUGGUGAUUUUGUUCAUUUACUGAAAGGUGCUGGUUAGCCCUGCAGAAUAUCUAAAGGUGCUGGUCGACAUGCAAAAUGAUUGAGAUUGCGGGUGCCUCUGUAGGACAAGUGAAUGUCCUGGCACAUCCUGUCAUACAUUCAGUGAUGAGCACAGCCGGCAAAGAUGGGCCUGCCAUAUGUGGCGUUGGCACAAAGAACGGCUGGGUUCGAGCUCUGAACUCAAUCUCGGUCGGCAUCCAGGCCGACAGAAGGAGGGAAUAUCAGGAGGGCCUGGUUGGUGAUCUGAUCCAGUUUAUAAGAGCUUGUGAUUGCGAUCACGUUGUAGAGCAUUGUUCGGCUUAAUGGAAUGUUACCUUGUGAUUAGCCGGAUAAUCUGUGCUCGCAUUGGUGAUUUGAUCCUUGUGCACUGAGGAGCGUCGGCUGGUAUGCUGGAUCGCCUGGAUCUGUCGGCUGCCAUACUGGAUCGGCUGGAUUGGUCAGCUGAUAUGCUGGAUCGGUUAGAUCGGUCGACAUGAUCCUGCUGUGCUUGGAUCUUAGCUCAGUCGACUGUGCGCGAAUUUUUGCAACUCUGCAAUGGGUGUACAUUUUAAGUCAUGUUAGUGAACGUUCUCCAUCAGGCAAUACAUUACAAGAAGGCUGUGGUUUUUUGUCGCCAAUUUGUGUUGCAGUAU